AUGCCAGCUCCGACACAGCAGAGCGGACCACCUUCCCAAGGUUAUUCGUCAGAUGCAGCUGCCGCUCAGGCUGCUCAGGCGGCAGAGAUGAGUGUGAUCCUAUGUACGGCCGGGUACGACCACUCGAUACGGUUCUGGGAAGCUUGGUCAGGUAUAUGCUAUAGACAAAUCACCUUACAACCUCAGUGGAAACAAGUUAAUCGUCUAGCUAUAAGUCCAGAUAAAGCUUAUUUAGCAGCGGCAGGUAACGGAGCUGUGAGGAUAUGGGAUAUAGCGUCUUUAUCGAAUACACCAAUAGCGACAUUAGAAGGACACACCGCCAAUGUGGUAGCUCUGGCAUACUCAGCGAUGGGUAAAUGGAUCGUGACAGGAAGUGAAGAUGGUUCAGUCAAAGUAUGGGAUACCAGAACCGCUCAGAUACAGCGUAAUUACCUCCACGACUGUCCAGUAAACGACGUAAUCAUUCAUCCAAAUCAGGGAGAAUUGAUCUCAUGCGACCAAUCCGGUUCAGUGAAGAUAUGGGAUUUGGCCGAUAACACAUGUACUCAUGAAUUGGUACCUGAUGAAGACGUUCCAAUAAGAAGUGUCAGUAUAGCAUCGGAUGGAAGUACGUUGGUAGCUGGUAACAAUCAUGGUAUGAUAUACGUAUGGAGGAUUGUUCCUGUCCCAGAUGGGAAUGCCAACCUACUACCAGUGACGAGCUUCAGAGCACACUCGAAAUACAUUACAAGGGUUAUAUUGAGUCCUGAUACCAAAUACCUUGCGACUUGUUCGGCUGAUACGACAGUUAAGGUAUGGUCAACGGAAGGAUUAGAUUACGCUUUGGAAAAGACAUUACAAGGACAUCAGAGAUGGGUAUGGGACGCUGCGUUCAGUGCCGAUUCGGCAUAUCUCGUCACCGCUUCGAGUGAUCAUGCGGCGAGAUUAUGGGAUUUGACUUCUGGUGAGACUGUAAGACAGUAUGAUGGACAUCACCGAGCCGCAGUAUGUUGUGCAUUGAACGAUAUCAAUCUGGCCUAG